CUACUUUCACUGCCUCUUCCUCAUUAAGAGUAGAGUUGUGUUCACGUGUGGUUGUGUCUCCUUUUUACCACUAAAAUAGGUCACACAACCCACCUCCAUUCGUGAAAUAACUCUUUAAAAGUUAUAAAAACAAAAAAAAACAAAAAAAACUAAAAAAACUCAAAAACCUACAAAAAACCUUCAAAAAAAAAAUCAACAAAAACACGUAAAAACCAUUAAAAUCCAAAAAAAAUCGAAAAACCGUAGGUAACGUGAAUUAAAUCGCGAAGCAAAAUACGUUUGUUUCUUGAUAAUAAAAUCGUAAAACAGGAGGAAAGCGGCAGGGAACAAGAGAGUUGAAAUAAAAAAAUAUAAAAUACUAAAAAAAGAGAAAAACUACCCAAAAAAUCGUAAAAAGAGGCCGUGUGUGUUGUGCGACGACGAGGCUUUCUGGCAGACGAAAAGCUUUUCGAGAGGACGAGUGCAAGAGAGGAAGACACCACGACGAGUUUUUUUCCCUUCAAACGCGCUUGAUAACCCAAGCCAUAUUGCAGAGCCGAGGCCAUUUUUCUUUAAACAUCAAGCAGAACUUUCAUUUAUUCUCCUGAAGGACUGGUGCACCAAACGAUCCAAUGGCCUCGCUUUACGUUGGUGAUCUCCAAUCGGACAUCACCGAAGCUAUGCUUUUUGAGAAAUUCUCAACUGCUGGACCGGUACUAUCAAUUCGUGUCUGUCGUGAUGUCAUUACACGUAGAUCCCUUGGUUAUGCCUACGUGAAUUUUCAGCAGCCGGCUGAUGCCGAGCGUGCUUUGGACACUAUGAACUUUGACAUGCUGAAGGGACGUCCAAUCCGUAUAAUGUGGUCGCAGCGCGAUCCAUCACUUCGUAAAUCUGGAGUCGGCAACGUCUUCAUCAAGAAUCUGGACCGCAGCAUUGACAAUAAAGCCAUGUACGAUACAUUCUCGGCAUUCGGUAACAUACUCAGUUGUAAAGUAGCGCAGGACGAGACGGGUGAGUCUAAAGGAUAUGGUUUCGUUCAUUUCGAGACGGAAGAGGCUGCCAACAAGUCUAUUGACAAGGUUAACGGUAUGCUGUUGAACGGCAAAAAGGUCUACGUUGGUAAAUUUAUUCCCCGCAAGGAACGCGAGAAGGAGCUCGGUGAGAAAGCCAAACUCUUCACAAACGUCUACGUCAAGAACUUCGGUGAGGACAUGACUGACGACAAACUCAAGGAAAUGUUCGAGAAAUACGGAACAAUAACCAGCUACAAGGUGAUGGCUAAGGACGAUGGCAAGUCUUGUGGCUUUGGAUUUGUUGCCUUUGAAGAUCCUGAGGCAGCUGAACAGGCAGUACUGGAGCUGAAUGGCAAAGAAAUAACCGAGGGCAAGUACAUGUACGUGGGGCGAGCUCAAAAGAAAGCAGAGCGUCAGCAAGAAUUAAAACGUAAAUUCGAGCAGCUCAAGAUUGAGCGUUUGAACAGAUACCAAGGAGUCAAUCUGUAUGUCAAGAAUCUCGAUGAUACAAUCGACGAUGAACGUCUCCGCAAGGAAUUUACCACUUUUGGUACUAUAACAUCAGCCAAAGUGAUGCUGGAAGAUGGUAGAAGCAAGGGCUUUGGUUUCGUCUGCUUCUCAGCACCUGAGGAGGCAACAAAAGCCGUGACAGAGAUGAAUGGACGUAUCGUGGGUACCAAGCCUCUCUACGUAGCUCUGGCUCAACGUAAGGAUGAGAGAAAGGCGCAUUUAGCCUCUCAGUAUAUCCAGAGAAUGUCGAACCUCAGGAUGCAGCAGAUGGGACCAAUGUACCAAGCAGGUGGUGCUGGUAAUUUCUUCGUGCCGACAUUACCUCAACCCCAGAGAUUCUAUGGACCAGCACAGAUGGCACAGGUUCGUACCACGCCGCGAUGGCCAGCACAGCCCAGUCAGGUGCGUCCAAAUGCACAAACUGGAAGCUCUGGAUUUACUACAAUGCAAGGAUUCAGGGCAACUCCGAGAGCACCGCCAGCACAGCCCGGAGCCAUGCGAAAUGCUAUGUCUGCUCGUCCUAUCACUGGUCAACCAACCGCAGCUAAUAUUAAUGCUCAAGGGAGAGCCAUGGCUGGAGCAUCCGUUGGUGCUUCACCCUCGCAGAAUAGAGCACCUAAUUUCAAGUAUAAUCUCAAUGUUAGAAAUCCUCCACAGUCCAUGGCCAUGCCUCAAUCAGCACCUGUUCAGCAAGCUGUACAUAUACAGGGACAAGAGCCACUUACUGCAUCGAUGCUAGCUGCUGCUCUGCCUCAGGAGCAAAAGCAAAUGCUUGGGGAGAGAUUGUUCCCACUUAUUCAAUGCAUGUAUCCUCAACUUACUGGUAAAAUAACGGGAAUGCUCUUGGAGAUUGAUAAUUCUGAGCUGCUUCACAUGCUCGAGCAUAAUGAGUCACUCAAGGCUAAGGUCGAAGAGGCGGUCGCCGUACUGCAGGCACAUCAGGCUAAACAGGCCGUCAAGAAAGAGUAAAUUGUUGCUCCAUUGGAACAAUUUUUUACUCUACUCUUACUUUUUUCCAUUUAUCUUUUUCCUUUUUUAUCGAGAGGAUUUCUUUUUUUUUU